AUGGUGUUUUUUGGCUACAUGGUGUUCAGCAUAGUGCUCGGGCUCCUGGCUGACCGAUACGGCCGCUGGAAGAUCCUGCUGCUCUCCUUCCUCUGGGCAGCCUAUUUCUCCCUGCUGACCUCGUUUGCCCCAUCGUACAUCUGGUUUGUGUUCCUGCGGGCCAUGGUAGGAGGUGGUGUGUCGGGCCACGCGCAAGGACUUAUCAUAAAAACGGAAUUUUUGCCCACCAAAUAUCGGGGAUACUUGUUGCCCUUAUCUCAGGUGUUUUGGUUGGCAGGAUCCUUGCUGAUCAUUGGCCUGGCAUCAGUGAUGAACCCAACCAUCGGCUGGCGGUGGUUGAUCAGAAUUGCCUCCAUCCCUGGCAUCCUUCUCAUCCUGGUGUUCAAGAAAGGCUUCCUGCUCUGCUUGCAAUUCAUCCCAGAGUCGGCACGGUUCAACGUCUCCACGGGAAACACGGGGGCUGCGCUGGCCACGCUGCAGAGGAUUGCCAGGAUGAACAGAGCGGCCGUGCCAGAGGGGCAGCUGAGGGAGCCUGCCAAGGAAAGAAGGGGAAGAUUCAAGGACCUCAUCCACCCCAAAUACCUCAGAACCACUUUGCAGAUAUGGAUCAUAUGGCUUGGCAUAGCUUUUGCUUACUACGGUGUCAUCUUGGCCAGUGCUGAGCUGCUGGAGCGGGACCUUGUCUGUGGCUCUGCAGCCCCACCGCUGCAGGACUCCAGCGAUGACUCUGAGGAGAGCCACAGCCCCUGCUACUGCCACAUGUUUGGGCCUGCUGCCUACCAGACCAUGAUCAUCAGCACAGCCGGGGAGAUCGCACUGAAUCCUGUGAACAUUCUCAGCAUCAAUCUCCUCGGAAGACGUCUAAGCCUCUGUAUCACCAUGGGAUGUACAGCUCUAUUCUUUCUUCUCCUUAAUAUCUGCACCUCAAGUGCAGGCAUGGUUGGCUUUCUCUUCAUGCUGCGUGCCUUGGUUUCAGCCAACUUCAACACCAUCUACAUUUACACGGCAGAGGUUUAUCCCACCACAAUGAGAGCACUGGGGAUGGGGACAAGUGGGGCAUUGUGCCGUGUGGGAGCAAUGGUGGCUCCAUUUAUAUCACAAGUUCUUAUGAGCGCUUCUUUCCUGGGAGCCCUGUGUCUCUUCUCCUCUGUGUGCAUCAUCUGUGCCAUCUCUGCAGUGACGCUGCCCAUCGAGACCAAGGGCAGGGCCCUGCAGCAAGUAAAAUGAGAGCGAAUGUUUGAUGUUGGAUUGGGUAUGAAAGAAAAAUAAAUCCCUGGAAUCUGUCACUUCCUGUGAGCUGCAUUUGAUGUUCAUUGCUUCUCCAUACCGUUUCCAUUAUAAAAAAAUGCAGCUGAACA